CGGCUGGACUGGGCAUGAAGAGCAGUUUUUGCAGAGGAAAGAAGAAAAGCCUUUUUGUUCUUAGAAAGGGUGCCACAGGUUAGACGCUGCAACAGAGCAGAUUGCAGAGUGCACUAUAGCCCCCGUUGCAAUGGAGGACAGUGACCACGAGGCUAACUCUUCUUCAGAUGAGCAGGACUCCCACCCUGCCUCCCCUCAUCACAGCAGGGAACAUGAAGCCGAACAGCAUUCAAGUCACUCAGAUGACUCAGAGUUGGAGAACAUUAUGCAAGACCCUCACCACAAUGGAGGGCACCGACACCACCACCAUGACCAUGACCACAAGCACCAUCAUCACACUCAUGACAGGGAGGCUGAGGGCGACGACCGUCCCCACACCCCGUCUUAUUUGCGGCCCCCUGUGGCGGGUCGGGCGCAGUCGGAUUCAGAUCCCAGGUUUCCACUGAGCGUUGGUGUGGAGUUUGACUUGCCGCCCCCCAUCAGCCCCACCAGGCCAAGGAGCCCUUGGGCUCGAUUUGACCCCUACGAUGCUUCUGAGGACCAGGACAAGGAAUAUGUGGGUUUUGCCACACUGCCAAACCAAGUGCACCGUAAAUCAGUCAAGAAGGGCUUCGACUUCACCCUCAUGGUGGCCGGGGAGUCUGGCCUCGGCAAGUCCACCCUGGUCAACAGCCUCUUCCUCACAGAUCUUUACAAGGACAGGAAGCUGCUCAAUGCCGAGGAGCGAAUUACUCAAACGGUAGAAAUCACCAAGCACACAGUGGAUAUAGAGGAGAAAGGCGUCAAGCUGAAGCUCACCAUCGUGGAUACACCUGGCUUCGGAGAUGCUGUUAACAACACUGAAUGCUGGAAGUCAGUGGCCGACUACAUCGACCAGCAGUUCGAGCAGUAUUUCAGGGACGAGAGCGGCCUCAACCGCAAGAACAUCCAGGACAACCGUGUGCACUGUUGCCUCUACUUCAUCUCACCCUUCGGACACGGUCUGCGGCCUCUCGAUGUGGAGUUCAUGAAGGCUCUGCACGAGAAGGUCAACAUCGUCCCCAUCCUGGCCAAGGCCGACACACUCACCCCCACUGAGGUCAAGAAAAAGAAAAUCAAGAUUCGAGAAGAGAUCGAGCAGUACGGUAUCAAGAUCUACCAGUUCCCUGACUGUGACUCUGACGAGGACGAAGACUUCAAGCAGCAGGACCAGGAGCUGAAAGAGAGUAUUCCUUUUGCAGUAAUUGGCAGCAACACGGUGGUGGAGGCCAAAGGGAAGAGGGUGCGAGGCCGUCUGUACCCCUGGGGCAUCGUGGAAGUGGAGAACUCGGCGCACUGCGACUUUGUGAAGCUGAGGAACAUGCUGGUACGAACCCACAUGCAGGACCUGAAGGACGUGACGCGGGAGACCCACUACGAAAAUUAUCGUGCCCAGUGCAUCCAGAGCAUGACCCGCAUGGUGGUGAAGGAGCGCAACCGCAAUAAGCUGACCAGGGAGAGCGGAACAGACUUCCCCAUCCCCAUGGUCCCGGGGGUGACGGACAGCGAGACAGAGAAACUCAUCCGAGAGAAAGACGAGGAGCUGCGGCGGAUGCAGGAGAUGCUGCAGAAGAUCCAGGAACAAAUGCACACUCAGAAGGAAGCCUAUUAACACAGGCCGCUGGUCGCUCUGCCGCAUGCACACGUCUCUCUUAAACUGGGGGAGAAAAAAAAACAAAAACAAAAACAAAAACAAAAAAAACAACCCAGAAAACCUUUCCCAGAACGCUGACAUCCCCAAGUGUCCACCCAACCACGACUCACCUCACCACCAACACGUUACAUCUGCAUCAGGGAGCAGACGAGGAGGCGCGGGGCGGCACGGUGAGAUGUUCUCCAGACUGUCAGACAUGUUGGCACCAGCAGAGCACACACUCCUCACCCUCCUCCUGUCCUCUCAGCCCUGUCCCAAAAAAAAAAAAAAAUACAUAUCUGCCUGUCCAAGCCGGUGUCCAGUGUGACGCCUCGUGUUGUCCGCUGUCUUGGUGAAAUGAGUGGCAUAGAAACAAGUGGGUGCAUCGGGACGUUUCAUAUAUCUUAUUUUUAGUAACAUUAUAACGGAUUGAUUUUGUUUUUCCACAUAAGGUCUUGAUAUAAGGUUUACAUGCAAGUGACUGGUUGACUGGUGCAAGGAUUUUUUUUUUUUUUUUUCAAAGCACAUUUUUCUCCCACAAGUGUUUCUUUUUUAUUAGUAGGCCUAUUGUUUGUAUUUUAUUUCUGUAGGUCAACUUGCAUACAUACUGUAAUAAUUUAAUUUUAUAUAAUAUUACAUUUGUAAACAUUUUUAUUAUCAUUUACAUCUGUUAUGUGUUCUUGGGUUUAUUUGACUACACAAUAGUAGAACUGCUUGUCAUGGUGACCUAGGCUGAUGUACAAAUGAGUGUGUGUGGGUUUUCUUUGUGUAAUUUUCCCUCAGCAGAGGCUACCGUUGGUUCAUUUGGCUUCAUCUUGAUGUGAGGAUUUAGUUUAAUUUGCAGUUAAGUGUUGUCUUGUCAGUACCAGCGUGUUUAUCAUGAAGCCACCCAGCUAUGCAUCCUCACAAGCUUGAUGUUAGCAGCUCCGCUCAGUGUUGAUUCGUCUCGAUUUAACUUGAGUAACAGUCCACCGCUCACCGAUUGCUAAAUCAAUAUGUAAGAUAAGUUUUCUCUUCAUGAUGAGUGCAGUGUGGCGAGGUGGAGAUUUGCCCAAAGCAGAGUUCUCUCAAAGUCUGAGACAGCCAGUCCGCAUCCUGGGGGGUUGUCAUCAUUAACCAGCUUUGAUACCUGCCAGUGCAGCUUUAUGAUUCAAGGAUUUCGGUGAGACAAGACCCUUAUUGUGCAUGAAGUGACAGUAUGAGUGACGGGUCGCAUCAGAGGCCAUGCAGUGUGUUUAUUGUUGCAUGUGUUGUGAAGGUAACUCAGACUGCAGAGGAAUGACCAGUUUCUUGAUUAUAAUCUCCAUGGACGAUGAAAAUAUGCAUCUAAAUUAACUUUUGAGAAAGAUCUUGAGAUUGAAGAUUUUUUUUCUUCAUUAUUUUGGUUGGAAACGACUUCAGUUCCAGUGAACUCGUAUCAUGCACAUGUGCUUUAAACAAGGACGUAACCUUGAACAUUAAUUAUAUAACCAAAGCCAAUCCUGACGAAUUUAAUUUGUUUUCAGUUUUGGAUUUUCCCUCGCAAAGUUCACAUUAAUUAUUUUACAUUUAACUGUGGAUUCUGUAUCCCUCCCAGCUUAUGGACGUGUUACUAAGAAAAAUAAAAAUAAUUUUGUUUUGGAAUAACCCAUGAAAGCUAAGAAUAAUGAUCAAAAUUAUUGAGUGCAUUUAGGCGUUUUUGUUUUGCAUCCCAGUUGCGGUUUCUUGCGAAGCAUUUGUGUGAAAAGCAAACACUUAUUUUUGGUGAUUUAAAUGACUCUGCCAUGUUUUGAAUUUAAGACCCAUGUAUGUUUUGUUUUUUUGUUUUUUUCCUUUUAAAUUACAUUCCUGAACUUUUUAUUAUUUUUUUAUUUUCUUUCCGCUUCCCCAGCUGUCAGAGACGAUCAAAAGCAAGUAUCAGUCAGGUAUUUCCUUGGUUUCUUGUUUCUUAAUUUGUUUUUAUAUGAAAUUUGUUUUUGGUUGUCAUUCUACUUUUUGGAAUAUAUUUAUGUAAUAAAUUUAUAAAUGUGAUGUGAUGGAGAGGACACUAUGUAAAAAUUCUAAUAUUGUAAUAAAACAGAAGUAUAAUUUCA